AUGGACUGGGACAGACCACAGAACAAGUGGACGACCGAGCAAAGGAUAUUCAGCAGUUCAUUUGAAGCUCAGCUCCGGCAGAGUGGUUAUACGACUGAUAUUUCAUGGCGCACACUUCGUUUCCAGUGGGAGACUAUGAGGCGUUCUGGCAACUACCUAUGGGGAUCUGUUCACCUAUCACCUUUUAUAAAAGAUGGAUCUGGUACCUGGUAUCCGAUUAUUAGGAAAAUCAAGCACAUUGCCCAGCGAUUAGGUAUCGAUCUUGUUGAAAAAGAUGAAGAUGAUACUGAUACUUCGAAAUACUUUCCCCAGCCACCUAAGGACCGGGGAUCCCAUGGAACUACUACUACCACCACCGAAGAUGUUACGGGACCUGGUUCACAGGCUGAAAGAGAGAAUAAAUUUAACCAGCCCACGGCCCGUGCAACUGACGAGACUGAUCAGAAUCAAGAAGUCCCUAUACUUGUCACUGCGGGGGGAAAGUUUUGUCUCUUCUGUUUUCAAGAGUGUAACAUGCACCCGGACCUGCAAAGCCCAGCGGAUGAAAUCCCACCCCUCCUCUAUCGGUGGUCCAACGUCGAUAGUCAAGGUGUCAAUUCCAGAAGACUAUUCCAAGCUGGUCUUUUCGCUGAAGGUACCGACUACUUUCAUCCAAACGAGGUCCCACAGGACGUUUUCAAUAAACAUGUGGAAAACCAUCUUAGAAUAAAGAGGUCUGUUACCCCUUUCAUUUCUACAUUCAAGAUGAUGUUAGCGCCAAUACAUCACGCCCUGCGAAACGAAGAGGGAGCUAUCGUCUCAAUCAUUGAUCGAAGGAAGCUAUCGACACCUAUCUACUAUGCCCAGAGCCUUGUAAAGACACUGGACCUCAGGUUCAGUUUUUACAACGGAGUAGCGGAAUAUCUCGUCUGGGGCAAUAUCCCGAAGUCAGCUAUUAUUUGCUCUUUUAAAGCUACUACUCUUCUGAAAAUUGCUCGCGAAACCCCCGAGUUCGAAGACUUAUUACAGUUUGACAGUAUUGCAUCCUUCCGAAGCAGUGGCAAAGCUUUACACCGAGUUCUAGGAAGCGGACCAGGGAGAUUAAAUCACGAAACAGGUACGAUACUUGGGAGAUUUCUCUUUCAGCUAGGAGUCCCUUACGAGAACUGUCAGACUGUCAGUUAUGGGAUGUACAAUUCAUGGUGGAUGAAAAGGGGCGGGGGAAGCUUGGAAGAAUUCUACAGAGGCGUGGAAGAAGGAUAUUACGCAUUAGAUCAACAUCUAACUCCUGCACCAACAAUGGCAAGCACUGAAGAUGAGGAAAUUCCUGAAAAUGAGGAAAUCCUUGGAGCCGAGGAGAUUCCUGAAGAUGAUGAUAUGUUUGAGAUGUCUGAAGUCUCUGGAUUCGAACCCCCCGAAACCCCCGAAACCCCUCAAAUCUCUGAAGCUUGUGUUGAAAGCCCCGGACUCCCUGUCAAUUGCCAGGUUUCUCUGGUUUUGAAAAUCCCUCAACCCUCUGAGAUAUUUGUUUUCUCUGAUCAUUUUGAUAAUUUCGAAGGCCCUGGAUUCCCUGAACUCCCCGAAGCCCAUCAAUCCGACGAUGAAACCGUGACCAAUGAUGAUCCGCGCACCUCUAUUGAUCUAUUUUCGAUGCCUAGUUCUCCAGUUCCAUCACCGUCACAGUCCCCGCUCCCCGUCAUCAGACUCUUCAAUGGAGCAACCAAGCAGUGGAUAGCUCAGCAAGGUGACGAUACUCCCCCCUCCAGAUUGCCAGGUUCAUCCGCACAUACCCCAAUCAGCGUCGACUCUGAUGAUGAGUUCGAUGUGAUAUUCAGCGGAUGCAAAAGUGAAUCUUCCGUGUUUGGUUCAUCGCCCCCAGCUGCCUUGAAUGAGUUGAGUCUCGUUCCUGAUGAGAAGACGAAACCUAUUGUGACAUUGGAGAACGACAAUCAGAUUGGACGCCGUUUGGUUGCGACACCCACCCCUCGUGAUCGCUUCGCCGCGGAUAGAGAGCGAGUUCUACACUUUUGGAGGUGA